GCGUAGUUUGACUCAAAACAACUCAGUAACUGUAACGACGACAACAACAGCGCAUUUUGAAUUGUGUUUACAUUUUUGAAUGAAAUUUUUUAAUCGACUGAGUGUGUUUUAUGUGCAUUAUUAUUAAUCAUAAAUAUUUUUUUUUUUCGUGUGUUUUUUUUUUUUGUUUUUUGUUGACGACCAAAAAAAGUGCAGUUCGGCGAUGUGCAGCAGGUGCAAAAGAACAAUUUCAAUCAACGAUUUGUCAACGAGAUUUAUGUAAGCAUAAAAAUAAAAAACGGCACAUAACAUCAAAUUACAAAUACACAUAUGUAAUAUGUAAUAUGUUUGUGUGUAUUUACAUGCACACACGCACAUACACACAUAAAUAGACCUCCUUUUUAAAAUUCAACGACUGCAUAUGGUCUACAUUCAAAUAAAUAAAUAACUAUACAUUAAUAAAUAAAUGAAAGAAAAAGAAAAAAAUAAAUGAAUAAAUAUACAAUACACGAACAUGUACAAUAACAAUCACAAUAAAAAGCAACUUUACACAUUCCAAAUUAAUUCUGCUUGUGUGAAAAACUAAUAAGUAAAAAAGAAACAGCAACAACAACAAUAACAAUCGCAGCAACAACAACAACAGCAAGAAAACCAUAGGCACGCCAAAGCAGAAGAAGAAGAAAAUAAAUAGCAAUUUCGACUAAAUAAAGUACACAAAUCGCCGCCACUUCAACCGCGUGACUGUUUUUCCGUCGUUGAUUUUUUUCCCCCGGAAUAAAAAAUAUAAUAAACUAAAUAAAUAAAUACAAAGACAAAAAAAAAAAGAAAAAGAAAAGGAAAACAACAAACACAUUUCGAGAACACACUCGAACUCUUUACACGGCGAAUUUGUAGCGUGCCACUUGUUGCGCUUCGUAUUUUUUUUUUUUUUUUUGCUGGCCUGUUUUGCUGUUUUGCUUUGCGGAAGGAAGAACUUCGAUUCCGUGCCCGCGCCGAUGUCGUCGCAGCGGGAGCGCGGCUAACUAACGGGAGUGAGACGCCCGUUAAGGAGAAGAACUGGCAUGCAGCUAGCUGGCUGGCCGGCUGGCUGCUUACACGCCUACUCCACCAACGCCUCCGCCUCCAACUCCAACUGCAACUCCGCCUCCUGCUCGUCCAGCAUUCACAUCCAGUUGUCGGACUCCGUUUCCAACUCCAACUCCAUAUUCAUAUCCAUCUCCAUCUCCGAUUGCAAUUUGAACUCGUGCUUGUGAUUCGUGGCGGAUUCUUCGGAUUCGGUUCACCUCAUCCAAAAUGGACGCCGAGAUAUGCAAUCCGCAAUUAUGUCGCAUUUGCAUCACAUCGCACACAAACUCAAGCUCAAUGCAAAUGAUAUCCAUAUUCGGCGAGGAUUCGCUUUGGCAAAAGAUCACCACAUUGGCUGAUGUUAAGAUCGCCAAGAAUGACACGUUGCCGCAGCAGGUGUGCGUGAACUGUGCGAAGACGGCCAUCUCGGCGUGCCUGUUCAAGAAGAAGUGCGAGGAUGCGGACAACUUUUAUCGCCAGCAGCUGCUGAUCAAGAAGAUCGAGGGCGGUCAUACGGGCGAACCGAUUGCAACAAUUGCUGCCGCCUCCGCAACCGCACAGGACCAGACUGAGACGACGCCGGCUGGCGUUGGUGGCGAGGCCGAGACCGGUACAGGAACUGGUACAGGAACCGGUGCAGGAACCGGAAUCGUUAGUGGGGUCGUUCAAUUGAAGAGCAGCGCCAGCAGCAGCAGUGGCAGUGGCAGCGGCAGCAGCAGCGGCGGCAGCAGUAGCAGCAGCACCAGCAGCUCCGACGACACCGAGGAGGAGGACAACGACAAUGCAAAUGGCGAAAUUGAUGGCGGUGAGCUCAUCGCUGGCAUGGGCAUGGGCAUGGGUGAGCUGGAUGCGGAUGGCAAUGAGCGGGAAGCUGGCGAGGCACAGACACGCCAUGCCCAUGCCCAGAAUGGGCAUGCUGCCAAGACCAUCACAAAUGGCCAUCAGUUGGUCAGGGAGCAGCAGCAGCAGCAACAGCAGCAGCAAGAGGAUGAUGACGAUGAGAUGGUGCGCGAUGAGCAUGAGCAUGACCAGCAGCAACAGCAGCAACAACAACAGCAGCAGCAGCAGCAACAGCAGGAGCAGCAGGAGCUGCACGAGGAUGGUGAUAUGCCGGAACAUGUGGCCUUCAAUUCGAUACGCCUGAUGCAGGAAUAUAUGCAGCAGCGGAUGAAUAAGUUUCCCAAUGGCAGCAGCAGCCGCAACGAACUGGAUGCGGAUGCCGACGAUGACGAUGAUGAGGAUGAUGAGGAGAUGACGCUGCCGCUGAUACCAGAGAUUGAGCUGAUAACGCCCUCCGAUGAUGCGCCCAUGAUUGCUGGCACUGGCACCGACACAGAUCCAUCGAUGUCCGGCUUGGUGGUGAACGGUGGCAUCGCCGCCCAUGCGACGGGUGUGCGGGGAUUCCAGUGUCCGCACUGCUAUCUGAGCUUCGAGAUGAAGCAGAUACUCAAGGCGCACAUGCAGAGCGUCCAUGGUGCACCGGCGCCUGUCUACGAGUGCACCAAUUGCCGCAAGACCUACUUCUACAAGCGUUUCCUCGAGAAGCACAUUCGACGCGGCCGUUGCGUCAAGAAGCGACGCAAUCAGACGCGACCCAUGCAGUGCUCCGAUUGCCAUGUUCUCUUUCCCACCGGCCAUCAUCUGGGAUGGCACAAGCGCACCGGUUGCCCAUCCAAGGCCGCCAAAAUGCCUUUGCAGCAGCUCUUCAAGCAGAACAUUGUGCAGUUCAACAACUUUCCAAAGCGAAUGGCGCCACGCAAACCGCCGCCGGACAAUGGUGCACAGCAUCUGAACAAUCGCAAAUUGGCGCUGACGAACAAGCGGAAGGGACGCACUCGCAUCAAGCUGGACGCCAAGAAGAUAGCCCUGGCCAAGCAGCUGAUCCUGCGGGAGGCAACCACAACGGUGAUUGCCAACGAGCUGAACAUUUCGCGCACAUUUGCCUGGCGACUGCGCAAGAGUCUCGUCAAUGGCGUCAGCCUGCACGAGCGUGUCGUCGACCAGGCCACCGAGGAGCAGCAGCAGCAGCAGCAGCAACUGCAACUACAACAACAGCAGCAGCAGCAGCAGCUGCAGCUUCAACAGCAAUUGCAACAGCAGCAGCAACAACUGCAACAGCAGCAGCAACAGCAGCAACUGGUUGAGGAGCAUGAGCGACAGCCAUAUACCCAUCUUAAUCUGGGCCUCAUCAAGGAGGAGCAGCUGGACAGCGACGAUGAUGAGCAGCACACGGGCCUCACCAUUGACGAUGACCUAAUUGCCGAUGGCAACGAUGCUGGCGGCGAUGGCGAAACCGAUGGCGCCGGCGAAAUUGGUGCCGAGGAAACGGCUGGCUAUGCCGGCGACGACGAUGUCUGUGGCCUGUUGCACAACGGUUACGAUAUGCGCGUCCAGCUGGACGAACAGAGUCCCCCACUCGGCGAUGGCCUCGAUGGCGGCCUGGAUCAUGAGCGUCCGUCGAAGCGCGGCGUUUCUGUGUCCCCGUCACCACCCAUGUUGCCGGCACGCGCCGACGUUGAGGCCUAUCAGCGCCUGUUGGCCGAAUCGCAACGUUUUCCGCACAUUGUCAAUGCACAGCAGUUGCAGCUGCAACAGCAGCAACAACAACAGCAGCAGCAACAGCAACAACAGCAGAAGGUCGCUCACAAUGGUGGAGCGUUGCCGAUGUUGACGCGUUAUCCGCCCGCCGUCGUUGCGGCCAAUCAUGCGCUGCCAGUCAACUUGUCCCUGCGCUCCAUGCCACCCAUGAACAGCAAUGAGAGCAAUGGCAGCAGCAGCAGCAAUGUAACAGCGCCUGCAGCAGCAUCAUCAGCAGCAGCAGCAGCAGCAACACCGGGCAAAAAGCCACGCAAACCGAACGUAUUCAUUGAUGAUGAGAAAUAUGCGAUGGCCAAGCUAUUGGUGGCCCAGAAUGCGUCCACCAUGGAGAUAGCGCGUGCGCUGAACGUCUCACAGAUGACGGCAUGGAAGGUGCGCGAUGCCAUAUUGAAGGGUGUGCCGCUCUCCUAUCGCAACAAGCGCGCCGAGGGGCGUGACGAGGCGAUAGCCUUGGCCGCCAAGGAGCAACACCAGCAACAACAGGAGCAGCAGCAACAGCAGCAGCGUCACCAUCAACAGGAGCUGCAGCGUCAGCAGCAGCUGCAAGAAUUGCAACAGCAGCAAAUGGAGCUGCUCAAGCAACAGCAACAGCAACAGAAACAACAGCAGCGUCAGCAGCAGCAGCAGGAAUUGAUGCUGCAACAGCAACAACAGCAGCAGCAACAAUUGCGUCACACACCAGCGGACACAUCACAUUAUCAUCAUCAGCAACAGCAGCAGCAACAGCAGCAACAGCAGCAGCAGCAGCAACAGGGGCGACCCCCACAUAAUGGUGGCAAAUUGUUGCAUCCGCGUCGCCGUUUGAAGGCCGCCGAACGGGAACUGAGGGACAAGGAGAUCACACGCGAAAUACUCGAACUGAUCAAGGAGGAUAGCAAUAUACAAUACUGGAAGGUAUCCGCUCGUCUGGCCGAGAAGGGCAUCAAUAUAUCGCCGUCGUCCGUCUGUCAGAAACUCAAAUCGAUGGGCAUUCAUCGACGCUGGAAGCCCGGCGAUAAGCCACCCAUGCUGGCCAUCAGUCAGCUGAAGGCGGCAACUGUUGCCGCAGCAGCCGCUGCCACAUUGGCGGCCAAUGGGGCCAACUAUGGCCUGCCGAAUGGCGUCAAUGUUGGCGUUGGGGUUGGCUCCAUUGUCGAUGAUGUCUACGAGCAGCAGCAGUUUGACAUGGGCGGUCCACAUUUUCUCAGUGCCUUUACGCGCUGACGAUAACGUCGAUGACGAUAACGAUGACGAUAACAAUGACGAUAACAAUGAGACGAAUGACUCAAAUAAUCCUGAUCAGUGCUGUCAUUUUAGUCUUUAAACAAAUCUAUCUUUUACCCGUAGAUUGACCAGCAAAUACCCUGUAACAAACUUUCAUUUAGUCGUUAUUUUCGUGCAAUAGUUUUUGAUUUUGUUCAAAUAUUUAUAUGUGGUAAAUGGUAAAUGGUAAUUGGCUCAGAUGUGCAUUUUAAGAUUUACACACUUUUUUAUAUCUGUUUUUAUAUAUAUUAUUUGUUGUGCGCAUUUUUUGUUUUCGAGUCCUGCUUUAGAAAUCGAUAGUUGACAGCACUGAUUGAUAUAAAGAUAACAAUUUGGACAGUGACGAAGACGAUGACGAUGACGAUAACAUAGACACCGAUUGCGAUAACUAUAUCGUUAAGGAGACCAAUAUCGAUAACGAUAACAACAAUUUUGACAAUGACAAUGACAAUGACGUUGACAACAAUGCCUCCCCGUCCCGCCCAACGCACGUUCCCUAAUUUUUUAAGUAUUAUACAUUCGCAUACAAAACCCACACCAAACACACACACACAACAUGCACAGCAGC